UCAAAGCUAGAAAAUUUGUAGUUUUUGAAAGAUAUUUAUUUCGAUAACAUUUGUAUUUGGCAUAGUUAAUAAUGAGCAAUAGAAAAUCAAAAUUGUUGCGAUCACUGGAGGAUUCGGUGCAACCCAUCGAUCAUGAGGAUGUUGUACGGUUAAUAGCCGACCAAAUUCGUCAGCCCCUGAUUGAUCCUAUUGAAAGGAAUCAAGGCACUAAAACAGAUUUGAGCAUUCUGCAUCUAGAGGAUGCCAUGAAGUUCAGGGAUUCGAUGCAGGGCUUCCAAGUUUCACCUACUGCCGAAUCGCUAGAUGAAGUGAUGCCUGUCAAGAAUGAGGAUCUUGAGGAAAUGCUUAUAGCCCUUACCGAAGAAGAUGAAGAUGAGGAUGAGGAUGAGGAAGAGGAUGAGGACGAUGAUAAUAUGAAUGAGGAUGAUGUGAAAGACUCGGAUUAUGGCGAUGGCAAUAUUGAACAAACAGAAAGCAAUCAAAGCAAUGAUUCUAUCUUUAAAUCUUAGUUUCAAAUGAUGAGGAUAUCAUAUAUGAAGCUUAAAUGCAUUUAAAAUUUGAAGUUCAAGAAUUUUAUGCCUAGGUUUUCUGGAAAGAUGUAUAAUCUAAGUGAUUUUAACAGUUUUGAUGGGUGUUUUCUAUAAUUAAUAAAAAAAAACGACAUUAAUCAGUUUGAUGGCAUUAAAACAACCCAAA